UCAAGGUUUAGGCAGCCUAGACUGUCGCUUCUUGGGAAACCGAUAGCCUACCGACCGCCUCCGGACCCCCACUACAGAAAGGUUCAGUCAAAAGUAUACAACUUUCUGGAAAGGCCCAAGGAUUGGACCUCCAUAGCGUACCAUGUGUUCGUGUUUGUCACCGUUGUAGCCUGCCUCUUGUUGAGUGUCCUUGAAACUGUUCCCAGGUACCGCAUCAUGAUCAGCCAGCUGUUGUUCUUUUUGGAACUCAUCAUGGUGCUCUGGUACACAACUGAAUACGUGCUUCGCGUGUGGUCUUCCGGCUGCCGGUCUCGUUAUCAAGGACUGGAGGGCAGACUCCGCUUCUCCCGGAGACCUUUGUGUGUAAUAGAUGUCCUCUGCAUUAUAGCCAGCGUAACAGUAUUACUGAUUGGAGCCUCGGGGGUCCCUUUCACGUCAGUGUUGCGAGGGCUGAGGUUCUUCCAGCUCCUCCGUAUGGUGAGGCUGGACAGACGGGGAAGCACUUGGAAACUACUGGGGUCGGUGAUCUGGGCGCACAGGCAGGAACUGAUAACGACUCUAUACAUCGCCGUGUUGGUCCUGAUAUUCUCCGCCUUCUUUGUAUAUCUCGUGGAAAAAGACAACAAUCCAAAGUUUGAAACCUAUGCAAACGCCCUCUGGUGGGCUGUGAUCACACUAUGCACGGUAGGGUACGGUGACACGGUUCCAGAGUCCUGGGCGGGGAAAUUAAUAGCGGCCGUGUGCGCCAUGAGUGGAAUAGCGUUCUUUGCCUUACCUGCAGGUAUUCUAGGUUCAGGAUUUGCUUUGAAAGUGCACGAACAGCAGAGACAGAAGCACCACAGCAGACGACAGAUCCCAGCCUCGGUUCUGAUUCAGGCAGUAUGGCGGUGCUAUGCAGCAGACGAGCACUCCACUUCCCAAGCCACCUGGAAGAUCCACCUACGACCCCAUCCUAGCCCCAUCUCGGAAAAGUCGUCUUUUGUAAGUCGGCUGUCAACAAUACGCCGAAAGGACCGCAGUCAAAGCGAGCGCCCCAUCCUCCAUCGUUCCCAGAGUCCUACGUCACCCAACCCGUCACCGUUGAUCUCCAGACACUUCAGUUUUAAACUCAGAAAUAGUGACAGGGAAAACGACUCCACGGAGGCUUUAAACAGUCUAAUAAACAGGACUUGGAGCCACAUUAGCUUGACAGUCGGUGACAACGUCCUAAGCAGAGAAAACACGAUGACAAGGAAAGAAUCUGACGAGGAUUUAUUAGAAAGCACGGGACAAAUCACCGAGUUGACAGAAGUCCACAAACGCGCCAUCCGUGCUAUCCGGAAAAUCAAAUACUUCGUCGCCAGGCGGAAGUUCAAAGAGGCGCUCAGGCCGUAUGACGUCAAGGAUGUCAUCGAGCAGUAUUCGGUGGGACACGCCGACAUGCUGGGCAGGAUCAAAACUCUGCAGGGAAGAUUAGACACUAUACUCGGCAAGCAGGGAUCAAAGGCAAAGGACGUUUAUGAAUCCAAGUUUAGUUUGGCCUCCAGGGUUGUUAAAAUAGAGAGACAGGUUGAUGAUAUAGAAUCUAAACUGGACCAACUCAUAGAGAUGUACGAAAGCGACAGGACGUGUCAGCAAGGAAAGCCGUCAUGCGGAGGAUGCCCCUCUCCAAACAGCCCGCGCCCUGUCCCUCCCGCACCCCCGCCCUCCCCACGGUCACCCCCGACACGGAACGGGGCGACAUCUAACGGCGAGGUUAAGCUCAAGUCAAUUUUAGUCGAUAAAGAUAAGCAGACUAAAGACAGGUUAACAGUUCAAAACCACCAUGGCAACCCAGGGAGGAAUCCCAAAAGACCAAUGCAAAAACAUUUGUCGGAUUUAGGACCCAGAUACAAAAAGAGAGUGACGCUAGUUCAUAACGGAUCCGAGUCCUCAAUGGCCGAGGAAGCGGCGGUAACGGAAAAGGCCGAACCUAUCCGGAGGACGACGAGUUUGCCAGCGACGUCAAACGCACGUGAUCUGUCAAUGGAAAUGAUGAUGGACUUCAAGGGGUCUGAAAAACGGAACUCCCUGCCGGGGCCCCAGCAGCAUAGUCAUCUUCCUAGCGUGGAUAUUGUGAAAGAGAACUUUAAAGGGAAUAACCCCCAUCGCGUUUCUACCAACUCCAUUUCAAAUAAUCACCUAGGAAAACAAAAACGAAUGAAUAGUGUUCUUGUGGAGAUGGAGGAAGAAAUCGAACCAUGUGAAACUGACAAGUUACUAAGUGACCCGGAUGUAGAUAAUUCUUUCGAUAGCCCUAGAAAUGACGAUGUCGUUUUACAAAUGACCGAAAGUGAUUCGGACAAUGGAUUGACGUUUUCAUUUAAUGGUUCAAACGAUGCAAGGAUUAGUUCUUCACUUCCAAAUCAUUUACCAGAGUCUGAACCACUUCUUCAAGGCUCCGAUGAGAUAGACGUGAAGAUACUAGUAUGAAAUCAUAUUGAAGCCCUUA